AUGAGGCCGACAACUCUUGUUAUUCUGUCACUAUGGAACAUAGUACACCGUGUUCAGGCAGCGGCUGUCUUUGCACAUUUCAUGAAUUUUACUCUCUACGACUGGGAGAUCAACAUCGCCGAGGCCCAAAAAGCCCAUCUGGAUGCAUUUGCGCUCAACCUGGCGUACAACUACCCCACGAACAACCGCUCUCUAGAAAACGCAUUCAAAGCGGCAAAUACGCUGGAUUUCAAGCUCUUCUUUUCAUUCGACUAUGUAGGAAACGGUAUCUGGCCCGAGGGGGACGUAAUUGCCGUCAUCAAUAGAUACAGAGAUAACCCAGCAUACUACCAGCAUAACGACAAGCCGUUCGUCUCAACCUUCGAGGGAUCAUCAAACGCUACCGACUGGUCUGCGAUCAAGAAGUUCGCAGACUGCUUCUUCGUACCAGGCUGGUCUGCCCUAGGGGCAAAGGAAGCAUUAGCUGUUGCCCCGGGUGUUCCAGACGGACUUUUCUCCUGGGCAGCAUGGCCUGAAGGUUCUGAUUCCAUAAGUACAUACGUCGACUCGACCUACAUGCAGUGGCUCAAAGAUGGAGGCAACUUACCAUAUAUGAUGCCCGUCUCGCCAUGGUUUUACACCAACCUGCCAGGUUAUGGCAAAAAUUGGAUCUGGAACGGCGAUAACUUAUGGUACGAUCGAUGGCAGCAAGUGCUAGAAAUAAAGCCGGAGUUUGUCGAAAUCAUCUCGUGGAACGACUACGGCGAGUCACAUUAUAUCGGACCACUACACGACGAUGCAUAUGCAACCUUUGAAAUUGGUGGAGCUAGCUACAACUAUGCUGCCGAUUAUCCCCAUGAUGGCUGGCGGGACUUCCUUCCAUUUGUCAUCGACUUGUAUAAGACCGGCAAAACAAACGUCAAGUCAGAAGGGGUCACUGCUUGGUUCCGACAGGCGCCAGGGAAGGCUUGCAAGAAUGGCGGCACUAUGGGAAAUACAGAGACACAUGGACAGAAACUUCUUAAGCCCACGGAGGUCAUGCAAGAUGAAGUCUUCUACUCUGCCCUGCUACACUCUGCAAUUGCUGUGGAUGUGACAGUCGAGAUUGGCGGUGUUUCACAAGAUGGGAAAUGGAAGAGCACACCACCUGGCCAGAUUGGCAUUUACCAUGGCAGCGUGCCAUUCGACGGCAAUACUGGGCAGGUAGUAGUGACUGUCUCGCGGAGAGGAAAGACAAUUGCGGAAAUGCGCGGCGCAUCAAUCACAGACUCUUGCAUAGACGAUAUCCAGAACUGGAAUGCUUGGGUUGGAUCCGAGCUCACCAACAAUCGAAGUAAGAAUGCCACUACGACUACGGCCCAUGCAAAGCCUACGUCUACAAGCAAGGUCUCCGCGGCCCCGGCUUUGCUGGCUAUGGCAAGACUUCCGUUUACAGUGGUCUUUGUGGCUUUGGUUGCAACCAUGGUGUCUGCUAGCUUGACACAAGCUGCGCAUCAGAAGUUGUUCUACGCACCUAUUGUGGAUUCUCCUUUGCUUUACAACUCGCCUUAUUAUUAUGAGUACUCUGAAGUAUCGAUAAGUCCUCAUUACGCUACAAGCGACAUCACAGGUAUGGGUUACGAUUCAUCUUGGAAUUUGGACAAGUCGUUUUAA